AUGGCGAGCGGCGGCGGCCUGAUGACGAAGAAGGAGCUGGGCGAGACCCACGACGUCCUCCGCUUCGGCGUCAACGACAGCGAGAACAAGUUCUGGGAGGAGAAGAAGAAGUUCGGGACCGAGGCCAUCUACGGAUCCGCCUUCAACAUCCGCAGGGAUCUCGACGCCCAGAUCCUCUCCAGGUUCCAAAGGCCCCCAGGUGCAUUGCCAUCAUCUAUGCUAGGAUAUGAGGCGAUGACAGGUUCCUUGGAUGAUUUUGGAUUUGAAGAUUACCUUAACUUGCCCCAAGACUCUGACAGCCUCCGCAUACCGGACAUGCACCACGGAAUGGAGCAUAAACAGGGUUACAUCAUUGAUAAGCAGAGGUACAAUAGAGGAAGCCUAGGGAUUCAGCAAACAACAACAGCCCGUGCUAAUGCUUCCGCUGAUAAAACAUCAAGUGCAGUAUCUAUUCUGACAUUCCUUUUGCUGCCAUGA